AUGUACUUCACCCGCCUGGUCCUGGGCGUCCAACUGGUGCUGGCCGGCGUGCAGCUCCCCGGCCGCUAUCUGCAGACCGAGUGGAAGAGUCUCACCCUUCUCCUGGGCCCCGGCAUGACCGCCAUGUGGCUGUGUAGUAGCCUGCUCAUCUGGGGGCUCGUGCCCAACAUCUCGUUCCUGCAGGCUCUUGCCGUCGGGGCCUGUGUGACUCCCACCGACCCGGUGCUGUCGAACUCGAUUGUCAAGGGCAAAUUUGCAGACAAGAAUGUCCCGCGUCCGUUGCAACGGAUCAUCGUGGCGGAAUCGGGUGCCAACGACGGUCUCGGCUAUCCAUUCCUUUUUAUUGCACUCUAUCUCCUGAAGUACGUGCAUCACGGCGGCCAAGGCUUUAGUGGGGGCACCGGCAAGGCCAUCGCAAUGUGGUUCUACGAGACGUGGUGCUAUGAGAUUCUCUUGAGCAUCGCAUACGGAAUCGUUGUCGGCUGGCUGGCGAUGAAGUUGCUCCACUGGGCGGAGGAGAAGAAAUACGUCGAUCGGGAGAGCUUUCUGGUGUUUGCCAUCUCGCUGGGAUUAUUCAUCAUGGGCACGUGUGGUCUGAUCGGGACCGACGAUCUUUUGGCCUGUUUUAUUGCCGGCAACGUUUUUACUCAGGAUGACUGGUUUCGCCUGGAAACCAUGGACGACUCGCUCCAGCCGACCGUCGACAUGCUUCUCAACCUGGCCAUCUUCAUGUGGUUUGGUGCCGUGUGCCCGUGGGCGUCGUUCGCGGACAACGAUAUCAUCCCCCUGUAUCGGCUGGUGAUUCUGGGGAUUUUGAUCCUGAUCUUCCGCCGGUUGCCCAUCGUCUUGGCAAUGCACAAGUACAUCCACCAGAUCGAGCACCUGGCCCAGGCGGCGUUUGUCGGUUUCUUUGGACCGAUCGGGGUGGGCGCCAUCUUUUACUUGUCAGUCAGUCGACAGUUCCUAGCUGAACAGGUGCUGGUCGAUGGGAAGCCACGAGAGGACGCGCAGAAGGUGGCCGACACGACCAACAUUGUGGUCUGGUUUCUUGUGAUCUGCAGUAUUAUCGUACACGGGUUGAGUGUUCCCCUGGGCAAAGCCGGCUACCAUCUCCCACGCACCAUCUCCAGCGCACUGAGCAACUCAUCCACCAUAGAACCGGAACCGAUCUCUCUGCCCAGCAAUCGACCGACGCACAGCACGGCGACCCCAACGCAUGCCCUCCGCUUCUACCGGGGCCGCAAACGCGGCGACAAGGGAGGCCGCGAGCAGCCGCCCACGCAGACAGUCUUCCGCAUCGGGCGGUCGACGGUACGCGAGAGAUCUCCGGCAAAAAGCCCACCAGAGACGAUGCCGACAACACCAGCGCCUGUGCAAGAGCCUGAUCGGCCGGUUCGGCUGGUGGGGGAGGACGGCCAUGUGACCGAGACGCUGCAUUCGACGGCGAACUGA